GUGUGAGAGAGAGACGUGGCUUUCUACCAAUAAGCGCUUCAGCUGAUCACGUGACCAUGGUUCCCGCCGCUACGUCCGGUUUCAGGGCCCGGUCUACUUCCUUUCGGCCUGCACGCGCUCUGUGGUGAACACGUUAUCCCACUGCUCUCCGUGAAGAUGCGUUACGUAGCUGCUUACCUGCUGUCUGCCCUCGGGGGCAAAGAGAACCCUACUGGCAGCGACAUCAAGAAGAUCCUGGAGAGCGUCGGCAUCGAGGCUGACGAGACCCGCAUGCAGAAGGUCGUGUCAGAACUCAGUGGCAAAUCAGUCGAGGAUGUGAUUGCUCAAGGUUACAGUAAACUGGCCAGCAUGCCAGCUGGUGGCGCGGUUGCGGUGGCGGCGUCCGGUGCUCCCGCUGCUGGAGGAGCCGCAGCUCCUGCAGCUGCAGCUGAGGAGAAGAAAGAGGAGAAGAAAGAGGAGUCCGAAGAAUCUGACGACGACAUGGGAUUCGGACUUUUUGACUAAAUUACCGUGUAAUUCGGGACCAAAAUAAAAAGUGUUUGUUUAAAAAAA